AUGUCAUUGCUCAUUCCCAGCGAAUGUGAUUUCGAAGAUGCUCACGAAAAUCCACAAACUGAAAUUCUAUACCGGGAAGCCUUAGAACAAUUACGUCAAAAUAAUCCACAUGAGUUCAAAUGGGACUUUGAAACUGUUCCAGGGUUCUUUGUGCAAGCAGACGAAGCAACCGACGAUUUGGCGUUCAGGUACACGGAUAGCCAAAUGGGACGGAAAUUGGAAUGGAACCAGAUCAGCGCAAAAUUGGCAGAAUUGAAUGAGAACGCUGAACCAAACGUCAGCUACAAAUUGAUCAUCUGCGCGCGUCACGGUCAGGGCUUCCACAAUUACAUAGUAGAUAAAUACGGCGUGCCGGCUUGGAACGAGAAAUGGAGAACGUUGACCACAGAUGGUGAGGUGACUUAUGCACCAGAUCCAAUGUUAACGGACAUAGGUUUAAAACAGGCACAAGAAAACCACAUGGCGUGGGAGAAAGAAGUGCUCCAGCACAGUGCUCCUUUGCCCUCCAAGUACUACGCUUCACCGCUCCAGAGAUCGUGCUGGACCCAUAAGAUCACCUGGGAUGGGCUCAAGCCUGCUGAAAAGAAGACAGUGAUUGUGGAAAAUCUCCGUGAGACUAUUGGUGGUAAUUUGUGCGAUAAGCGGUCCACUCGAACUGAGAUUGAGCAACGGUUCGGACCACAUGGGUUCCAGUGUGAGCCUAGCUUUGCAGAGGAAGAUUCACUCUUCAGUCCGCGCCGAGAGACAGAUGUAGAACAUGCUGUGAGAAUCAAUCGUUUUUGUCAGCAGCUCUUCGCAGACGAUUGGGAUGUCUCUACUGGAGUGGUCGACAAGGCUAAGGCUGUGGAGCACUCGUUCAUAUCCACUACUACUCACGCCGGGUCAAUCCGACUGUUCAUUGUCGUUUUUGGACAUAGAAGAUUCACCAUAUCUACAGGCGGAAUGAUUCCUAUUGUCGUCAAGGGCACUAGACUUUAA